AUGGCUUGCUUCUGUAGGCCAAGGAUUACAGUAGGAAAUUCUUGUGCAGAACUGGAUUUACUGAGAGUAUUGGGAAUGAUGGGAUUUGGAGUAGGAGAGGCCAAGAGUCACAGCUCCUCUAUUAAACAAGGUGGACACAAUUACGAGAUAGAGAGUGAAGAUGGGCCUAUGACACUGAAUGUCAGGAAUUGUUUCAAAUCCAGCCGGAGAUCUAAAGAUUUCUCCCUGUAUCCACAAUAUUAUUGUUUUAUGCUUGUAUUUGGAUGCAUUGGGAUCUUUAUUUUUGUGAUGACAGUGAUUGGCCUGAACUUUUGGGAUGAGUAAUGCAGUUUUAUUUAUUUGUACACUUUCAGAAGGUAAAUGUUGAUCCUUAAUUUCUUUCACUAUCCAGUUAAGCUACACACUCUAGCCCAAAAUUGGUAAAUUAAACUGACUAGCCAUA